CUCAAAUGGUGCCAAACUGGAUUCUAUAUUCUAAAUUAUAAAUAUAAUACAAUCCACCUUACUUCCAAAUCAAAGCAAGUCCUGCAAUCCUCAGUCGGCUACACCGAAGGAGAGGCGUCUGGACGGCUCUUGGACUACGGUGUGGAGAUGAUCAGUGUGCGAGGAGAUACAAUCAACAAGUACGCCGACUGGAAUAUGAAACAAGGCUUUGUAUAUACAAAAGAAAGUGACGAGCUCUGGGCAAGUUUCCGAUCCCAGUUCGAAAACAAGACUUUCAUUGUCACCACUAUUGAGGACCCACCAUUUGUGAUCUACGAACCAUUUAGAAAAGGGAAGCACAUGGAAGGUAAAGACCAGUGGACUGGCUUUGCAAUGGAAUUGCUUAAGCACCUGAGUAAAAUGAACCACUUUGACUAUGUGAUAAAGCCGGUGGAAGAUCGAAAGUUUGGCACGUUUGAUGAAACCAAAGGACGCUGGGAUGGACUAAUAGGCGAACUGAUUUACAAGAGGGCGGAGACACACUGCACUGCAGCAGAACUACGGAAGAAGGAGGAAAACCAUUUAUUCAGAGUGUUCCAGAACAAUGGAUAUCCAAGGAGUUUUAUCAAGAGAAACUUGAAGAAGACGUCUCAACAACAGCAAGAGCAAGAACAAGCCACCAGACGGGUAGCCCUACCUUACAUCAAGAAUAUAUCAGAACUCGCAACCAGAUUAUUGGCUCAAAAAGGAAUCUUCGUGGCCCGUAAACCGAGUGCUACUCCAAGGAAAUUAAUCUGUAGACCAAAGGACAACCGGGACAAAACCAAGAGGAACAAUGUGAUAUAUGAAAUCAACUGCAACGACCGCAACAAAUUCUACGUUGAACAAACUUGGAGGAAAUUAUGUACACGAAUAAAGGAACACAACACGGCUGUCAGGAGGCAUGACCCACUGUCCUUGAUAUCUAUGCACGAGGAUUGA